CGCUUACCCUCGGUGCAGCCCGGCGCAAGGGGCGGAGGGGCAGCGGCUGGACUGGGGUUUCUUAACAAAGGUGACACGCUCCCCUGUGGCUGGCACGGCGGGGCACGGGGCGAUCGCUCCCGGUCUCUCCUCCCGCGCAGCGUGCGCCCCAGCCGAAGGGGUUAACUCACUGAGCACGGGGCCGGGAGGGGGCGUUCAAUAGACACCACCGGAGCGGGCCCGUGUCACUGAAUGCCAGGCCGGCGGGGGGAGUAGGAGCGCCAGGCAGCCUUGCGAGCGCUCCCCCGGCGGCGCGCGGAGAGGACGGGCUGGGAGCCGAGCGCGGGGCCAACCUGCUGCGGAAACUCGCUCUCCUCCCCGGCAGCGCUUGCAGGCUAGCCCAGCUCCUAGGUGCCCUCAGAGGAGCCCUGCUCUGCGCUCAGAUUCAUGAUGUUGACAGUUAUGUUCUUGGCUGCUUUCACUCUUACUACAAUAAAUUCACAGGAAACUGAAGAAACUAUAACAUACACGCAAUGUACAGAUGGCUAUGAAUGGGAUCCUGUCAGGCAGCGGUGCAAAGAUAUUGAUGAAUGUGAAAUUGUCCCAGAUGCAUGCAAAGGUGGGAUGAAAUGUGUUAACCACUAUGGAGGAUACCUCUGUCUACCUAGAACAGCUCAAAUUAUUGUAAAUAAUGGACGAGAAGACACAGCUGCUGAAUCCACUGGUGGACGAAACAAUGUCAUUCGACGGACCCCUGCUGAUCCUCAUCGACCACCUCCAAAUCCAACUCACCAAAUACAGUGUGCAACUGGGUAUGAGCAAAGCGAGCAAAAUGUAUGCCAAGAUAUAGAUGAAUGUGCAACAGGAACCCAUAACUGCAGGGCAGAUCAAGUAUGCGUCAAUUUAAGAGGGUCUUUCAGCUGCCAGUGUCCCUCAGGUUACCAGAAACGAGGGGAACAGUGUGUUGACAUAGAUGAAUGCAAUCUCCCUCCAUACUGCCACCAUAGAUGUGUGAACACUCCAGGUUCCUAUUACUGCCAGUGCAACGCUGGGUUCCAGUUAGCAGCCAACAAUCACACUUGUGUAGAUAUAAACGAAUGUGAUGCCAACAACCCAUGUGCACAACAAUGCUACAAUAUACUUGGUUCUUUUAUCUGUCAGUGUAAUCCAGGAUUUGAGUUAAGCAGUGACAGAAUCAACUGUGAAGAUAUUGAUGAAUGCAGAACUUCAAGUUACAUAUGCCAGUAUCAGUGUGUCAAUGAGCCUGGGAAAUUUUCAUGCAUCUGCCCUGAGGGAUACCAGGUGGUAGGAGCUAGAACAUGUCAAGAUAUAAAUGAAUGUGAGACUACUAAUGAAUGCAGAGAGGAUGAAAUGUGCUGGAAUUAUCAUGGUGGAUUUCGUUGUUACCCAAGAAAUCCUUGUCAAGAACCUUAUGUCCUGACAUCUGAGAAUCGCUGUGUUUGCCCAGUUUCCAAUGCCAUUUGUCGAGAGCUGCCAUACUCUAUUGUGUACAAAUACAUGAGCAUCCGUUCAGACAGAACUGUGCCCUCUGAUAUCUUCCAAAUUCAGGCAACCACUAUUUAUCCCAAUACUAUAAACACUUUCCGGAUUAAGUCUGGAAAUGAAAAUGGAGAGUUUUACCUGCGACAAACAAGUGCAAUAAGUGCAAUGCUCGUACUGGUGAAAUCACUAUCGGGACCAAGAGAACAUAUUGUAGAUCUGGAGAUGCUGACAGUCAACAGUUUGAACUAUCGUACAAGUUCAGUGCUAAGAUUAACAAUAAUAGUGGGACCUUAUGCAUUUUAGUUAUUAACCCUUCACAGGCACCUAAAGCAGCCAAAGAAUAUUAUCUUAAAGAAAGCACUUACUAUUUUAUUUAUAGAUUUUGCUUUUUUAAAAAAGAUUUAUUUAGUAAAUCAAUAUCUAUAAUCCACACAUUAUACCUGUAAUUCAAAAUUAAUACGUGUGUUCCAUAUUAUAAUGUGGGUAUUGUCACUUUCUGUAUAAAGACUAAAGUCUUGCCUUAAUUACUGUACUUGGAUUAGACAUCUACAUAUUACACUUUUGUACAAGAAAUAUAUACUUACAGUAUUUUGUAAAACUUCACUUUUCCUAGCCAAGUAGGUCAUAUAAUUAAAAGGUGUUCUCCUGUGUUGUUUAUAAUAGAUUUCAAGUUCUAGCACAGUUACACUGAAUCUCAAAAAGAUAAUAUAGCAUUAAUGAAAUACAAAAUAAAAGCUUUCUGAUAGGUUAAAAUGUAUUUCUUCUUUUUAAUUGCCUUGUAAGAAAGGAUAAAGGUCAAUAAAAUUUUGUUUCUUUAGACACUUAUGCACUAUCAAGUUGGUUUUUUAAUCUGGUUUGGCGUAAAUAUUUUGCAUUAGAUGUUUCUUAAGGACCUGAUAAAUGUAAAGACUUUUAAAACAUACCAUACAGUAACAUUUGAUCUUUCCAAGAAAAAUGGGAUAUGAUAGAAAAACUUCAACAGUAAGUGAAACUCUCAAAGGAAAAUCAUCAAACUGAGAAAUAUUUCUGUAUGAAUAUCACUGCUUGUUUAUGAGAAUGGUACUACUAGUUUUUGUGUAGAGGGAUAUAGCAUUUCUAGACAGAAUUUAAGUGCUACUCUUCCAGAAAUACAAAACUAUAUACUUAGAAUUCAGCACAUUUGCUUGAUUAUUAUGUUUUAUGCCAUAUUUUCAAGCAAUUGGUCCUAAUUCUGUUUUCUAUAACUUGGAUUUUUGUUUCUCAUGUACAGUGUUCAUAGUAUUUCAAGAAUUAAUACAUCUUCCUUGUAAUAUGUAAGACCUUCUCUUAUUUCUGGUUUAAAAUGUAAUAGUUUAUACUUUGGUGUACAAAGUUUUUUAAUAAAUAAAUCUCUCUCCUAUAGUGA